AUGGUGGCGGCGGUGGCUGUGCUGGUGUGUGAUGGUGCGGCCCAGGACGAUUCGGGUUAUGUGCUGGAGGCUCCCGAGUGCUCGGCGCCGUUUGCGUUUGGGACGGCGGCAACGACGGCGCCGUUUGUGGUGUCGUCAGGUGCGAGGCAGGCGCCUGUACACAGGACUGUGGCAAAGGUGUGUCAUCUGACCGGCGAUGGCUACGCCGGACUGUUCUUCGAGUACACAGCCCAGGACUCGUACAUCUACAACCCGUUUACCGAGUGCGACGAUCACCUGUACGAGUACGACGCGGUGGAGGUGUUCAUCGCGCCUGGGCUAGGCUACCCGGCGCAGGCGCCGCAGCACUACGUCGAGAUUGAGGUCUCGCCCAAGGGCGUGCUCUUCGAGUCACACAUUACCAAUCCGGACGACGACUGCGCCGGUAUGACUGGGGAUCUGAUGGCGUGCAACGCGACGGCGAUCGAGGCGCGGGCGCGGGUGACGCCCGACGGGUGGACGGCGGCGGUGUACGUGCCGUAUGUAACCGUGGCGCCAGGAGCUCAUCCGCCGCCAUCAGCGUGGCACCUCAACAUGUUCCGCAUCGAUGUUGUCUCGCCGUCGGCUGGCGAGCAGUUUCUGGCCUGGUCGCCGACGUACAAGUCGCCGCCGUGCUUCCAUGUCCCGUCGGCGUUUGGCAAGGUGGUGCUGGUGUGAGGCACUCACUAACCGCGGGCGCGGGUCGACGGCGGGUUGAUAAACGGCACCCAGUGAAG